AUGCCUUGUCCAUUCAUGGGAUCUCUUAACCAAGCCUUCGUAAGAAAUUACGGAGGCGCUCUUAUGAAACAGUACGCGAACUACUGCCCCGUCAUAUCUCGCAGCUUUCGCUCGCUCGGUAACGAUGAGACGAAAUGCCCCUUCAUCAAGGAAAACGCCAUCAUCGCGGACGCUCCCAAGGAGAUGUCCGAGGACAUAGUGGAGAACAUGCUGCCGUACAAGUAUGAGAAGUUUUUCAACGAUCAGAUCAGUGCUAAAAAGAAGGAUUAUUCCUAUCGUGUAUUCAGGAAAGUGUCUCGGCUGGCCGCCGACGGUGUGUAUCCUCAGGCGCUGGAGGGCGCAGAGAACCGCCGCGUCACCGUGUGGUGCGCCAACGACUACCUGGGCGCGUCCCGCCACCCCGUCGUCCAAGAUGCUGCCAUUAAUGCUAUUAAAUCCUAUGGAACAGGUGCUGGUGGCACACGCAACAUCGCUGGGAACUCCCAAAUGACUGAGAAACUUGAAGCCGAAAUAGCACAGCUACAUAAAAAACCUGCAGCACUCAUAUUCAGUUCAUGUUUUGUGGCUAAUGAUGCGACCCUGUCUACAUUGGCGAAAAUUCUACCAGGGUGUAUUGUGUACUCGGAUGCUGGGAACCAUGCUUCGAUGAUUCAGGGUAUACGUAACAGCAGAGCUCCUAAACAUAUAUUCAGACACAAUGACCCCCACCACCUUAGACAGCUAUUAUCUGAAUCUCCUAAAGGUGUACCGAAGCUAGUAGUUUUUGAGACAGUUCACUCUAUGAGUGGAGCUAUAUGUCCUUUAGAAGAAAUGUGCAACAUAGCGCAUGAGUAUGGUGCUUUAACAUUUGUGGACGAAGUUCACGCUGUGGGACUGUACGGGAAGCACGGAGCAGGUAUCGGUGAAGAUAGAGGGGUGCAACAUCUUAUAGAUAUAGUAUCGGGGACACUGGGAAAAGCCUAUGGUAAUGUAGGUGGUUACAUUGCAGGUUCCUCUCUUCUGGUGGACACUAUAAGAUCGCUAGCACCCGGUUUCAUUUUUACAACAGCCCUACCACCUCCUGUGCUGGCAGGAUCCCUAGCCGCCAUUAGACUCCUAGGCAGCGAAGAAGGGAGGAGUCUGAGGGCGAAACAUCAAGGUAUCGUGAGAUACUUGAAACUGUCGCUGCUCAUAGCGGGCCUACCGCAGAUGCCGUCAGUGAGUCACAUCGUACCUGUACCUAUAAAGGGAGCGGAUAAAGUGGCGCUGGUCGCCGAGUCGCUCAUGAAGAGAGGGCAUUACGUGCAGGCCAUCAACUACCCCACGGUGGCGCGCGGCGAGGAGCGGCUGCGGUUCGCGCCCGGCCCCUACCACACGCCCGAGAUGAUAGACAGCCUCAUCACUGCCCUCAUAGAAGCAUUCCACGAAAACAACAUAACCUUCGAUGAGUUCAUGGUGAACGGCACUUGCAGAGAGUGCAGCAUGGAGUACAAGGUUGACAUCGCGUACGAGGAACCAUACAAAUAUCCGAUGCAAGUCGCCUAA